AUGGUUGCUCUACAAGGGUUCUUGGAGGGCGUCCUCAGGACGACUGCGGAGGCAGAACGCUCAGGCGGCGGAAUCAAGGUCUUGGUCGGGAUCGACGAAGGGGACGCCGUGCUUGACAGCGAGGAAGGGAACGCCGCUCUCACUCGAGCGUUUCGCGGUGAGCUCGACUUUGAGAUUAUUCGCGUGAAGACUUCGACCCCUGCGCUCAAGCAACCCUCUGGAGAUGUGCCCGAUGCCCCUACCGAAGCCAGCAGCGAUGAAGAACAACUUUUGUCGCCGUCGGCAGCACCCAGAGUACACGAAGGCCAGGUUUGCCGCGUCUGGCGCAAGCUCGCCCAGGAGGCCUUUCGGCAGGGAGCCGAAUACACCGUGCUGUUAGGAGACGACGUGCGCCUUCUCUCUCCCGGGUGGAUGGGUCAGAUCCAAGACGAGUUCAAGUUGCUGCAGCGCGAGCUGUCCUCCCAAACGUCGGUGGCAACGGAGGGCCUCGGGCGCCCCUUUGUCGACGUCUUGCCCCACGGAUUCGGCGUGGUGUGCUUCACGGACAAGCUGUCACCCGGGUUUCCUGGCUUCCCGGUGCUGCACCGAACGCACGGCGAGAUUUUCCCCGAGAUAUUUCCUGUGAAGUUCGUCAACCAAGAUGCGGACCCUUGGAUAUUCGAGGUCUACAACCGCUUCGGGGCCGCCCGACUGUCGCGGACGGCAACGCUCAAGAACACGCUCGGCGGGUGCGAGGGAGACGCCGCCGGCCGAAGCAGCAGCACCUCUUCCUCCUCCCUCCCGACGCAGCAACGCUAUCGGAAGGUGGCCGUCGACUGGAAGUCCGAAAUGCUCGGACAAGGGGUACAGCAGGCCCGCGCGUGGCUCGAGUCUCGCCCGCCCCUGCUCCAGCUCUCCCCGGAGGUUAAAAUCUGCCAAGAGGACGGCGGGCGACGCCUGCGGCGCCGUUUCAAUCGGUUCGUUGUGCUCGACAUUCUGGUGCCGACGGUCCGCCUGGACGACCUCUCCAUCCUCACAGCGAUCUGUUCGUUGGAGGUCCCCCCGUACAUGCGAACGAUGUUCAUCAUCAUCGUCGACGACCCCGCGAUCGCACCGAGUAGGAUAAGGACAAUGGCCAAUGAGCUUCAACGAGCGGCGAGAGCAAACAUUGUCCGAGUGCGGCAGAACAAGGAGAACAUCGGGGCGGGCCCGUCCCGCAACCGCGCACUCCAGGAAAGCAGCGCCGACUGGGGCCUGUUUCUCGACGACGACGUCAAGCCGAAGGGCGACAUUCUCGCCGAGUAUGGGCGGCUGAUCGUCAACACGGUGGAGAGCGAGGGGUGCGGCGGCGGCGGCGGCGGCAACGGCGGUGGCAGUGGUGGCGGCAAGAGCAGCGCCAGCACCGGCGGCGGCGGCGGCGGCGGCGGCGGCGGCAGCGGCGACAACGGCGACAACGACGGCGAAAUGGUCAGCGCCACCACCGGCGACGGCGCGAAGAGCGACAACCACAGCCACGCCGCCUCAACAACAACAACAGCAACAACAACAACGUGCUGCGGCUUCAUCGGGAUGACCAAGUUCCCGCCCGCCGAGACCCCGCUCCACCGCGCCGUCGCCCUGAGCGACGUCACCUACAUGUACGGCAUCAGCGGCGAGUUGUCGCACCCAGCUUGGGGCGUCACGGCCAACCUCCUCGUGCGGUUUUCGUGGCCGGGCAAGCGGCGCGUGAUCACCCAGUUCGGGGACCAGUUCCCGAAGACCGGGGGCGGAGAGGACGUGGAUUAUUGCCUCAGGAACACAGUGUGGACGGAGCCGAGACCAGACGGGACAAGAAACACAUGCACAUUUACCGGCGACACACUCCCCCCUCGCACCCCUGUCCGGUUCAACGCGUGCAGCCACGCCAAAGACACGGGGGGAACUUUCCUGCCGGCGCCUGAGGCCGUCGUCAUCCACCCGUGGUGGCCCGGGGGUCGUUUCAAGACCUACAGGCAAGGAAGGGCGCGGUUCUUUCGUUGGAGCUUCGGCGACGGGCAGCUGAUAGACCUUCAUCCUCAGUUCUCGUACCGGAGCUACCCGAACGUGGCCGAGUCGAUGCUCCUCACGCCGCUCUACCUCACCCUCCUCUACCUGGCCCCGCUCGCCUUCGAGUUCUUCUCACGGGACGGAAGCGGCGGCGACGGCGGUGAAUUGGAAAUCUCGUGUUCGAGUGGCGAUCUCCCACCGCCUCCAUUGUCGACGAUGCUAGCGCUCCCCCUCCAGCAGCUUGCCCUCAUGCUGCUUGUGGUUCUAACCGCCGAGAUGACCUGCGAUGUGCCUCGCAACGCGUGGGGUCGUCGCUGGAGCGAGCGUCUCCCGAGCUCUGGUUUCUUCCGCCGGGUCAUGCCGGCGGCUGAGGCUUCGUGCGUCAUCACCGCGCUGGAGGUGGGCCGUCUAACCGGCCAGUGGUCCCGGGGAGGGCUAGGGCUACAAUCCACUUUUUGUCGCGACAGCGUGGAAAACAUGAACGGCAGGGCCGGCGCCGGGGGUGGCAUCGCGGGGAACUUCUGCCGGCGCUUUGACUGGCACUGUGGGAGGAUGGCCGGGGCCAUCGAGAGCGAAAAGAGGCGCGCCCUCUGGAAGCUCUUCGUUUGGCAUACGCUCUUGCUGCUGAUCAUGAUGUGGACGCGAGCUGGUUCUUGA